UACAAUAAUAGGCCACAGACACUUAUAGGUAUUCAUUGACAGUUGUGUAUUGUGAUGUCAUAUGUCGUCAUACAACUAGUUUGAUAAAAAUCAAGUUUAAAGCAGUUUCCUUCAUUCAAGCUUCUUCUAGAACUUGCCAAAACCACCGUUGUCUAUAUAGCUAUUGUCUGCAUUCAGCUUCGCAACAAGAUGUGUUACAGUGUAGUAUCUAUGAUCAGCCAAGGCACUGAGUCUACAGCUUCUGCUGAUGCUAUUGCAAUGACAAUGAACUCCAGCCCCCUGACUAACACUAACACAAGUGGAUACUCGAGCUAUUCAAGCCCUGCAGAUUCACCAGAGCAGUCACCAAUCUAUGAUCAGCUUCUUGACAUGGACUUGGGAUAUGAUGCUCCCAUGCAAAAUGGUUACUCUGUUCCGACUGCCGUACCUCACCCUGACAGCCCUCACUCCUACGGUGGCUCUCCAGGCUACCCUCCUCAACACUUCAACCCAAACUCUCAAAAUCUAAUGUACUCCUCCGGCUCUCCUCAUUGCCCGGCACCCUACAAUGCCGGGGCUCCAUACAAUAACUCUGCUCCCUAUGGAGUACAUGGCUCAAACUUUUCCUAUUUUAACUAUCCACAGGGUGUUGAAGGCCUGUCCCCAAAUUCCCAGAACCUUGGCCUACAGCAAAUGUGCAAAAUCUGUGGAGACACUGCCUCUGGGAACCACUUUGGUGUGCAGAGCUGUGAAGCUUGCAAGAGUUUCUUCCGUAGGAGUGUUCGAGCCACUGCCCGAUAUGCUUGUCGUGGAAGUCGAAACUGUGCCAUUGAGAAAAACACGAGGAAUCGCUGCCAGUAUUGCCGACUUCAGAAAUGCACAGCAAACGGCAUGAGGAAGGAAGCUGUUCAAGAGGAGCGUACGCCUCAAGGGGCUAAGCUGCAACGUGCUACUACGCCCACUCCUCUGGGUUUCCCCAACCUUAACUUCAUUCCUCCAUCAAUUCCAUACUUUCCUCAGUCUUUUGACUCUCCGACUAGCCCUGUCCCUCGUAUGCUCUCGCACACGGCCAGUCGAAUGUACGGCUCUCUUCCCAAUCUCAAGAUGGAGUUCGAUCGUUCCCCCAUGUCCACGCCCACUUCCCUCUCCUCCUCCCAGCAGCGAUUGUUCACCCCACCCUCUCUUGAUACCUCUAGCUCGCACGUGUCAGUGUCAGUUCUGGUCAAUGCUGAUAUGCAGUCUGAGCAAGCCGAGCCCGUUAAAACAACAGCUUCUAAUAUCAAACUGGAGGAUCUCUUUGAAGGGCUGAAAACGUCUCUUUUGAAGGUGAUUGAAUGGGCCAAGCGUAUCCCUGCUUUUGUGAGUCUUAGCCUGGACGAUCAAGUGAAGCUCCUCAAGUCAAGCUGGUGUGAGCACUGUACUCUCAAGUUGGCUGCUCAGAAUGGACCCAAAGCCGAAUGUGUCCUCCUAGCCAAUGGCGUUUCCUGUAACAGAGACCAGAUCGAAGAUCCGGAAGUCCGUCGCGUCAUUAACAGGGUCUUCAACGAGCUUGCCUAUUGGUUGGAUUAUCUGAAUGUGGACCGAGUGGAGUUGGCCUGUCUUAAAGGCAUCCUGCUCUUUAACCCAGAUGCCAAAGGUUUGAGCCCUGCCCCCAAGAAACGUGUUGAGAUAUUCCAGGAGCAGAUUCUACAGUCGCUGGAGACACGCACCAAGACCAUGUACCCUGUCUCCCCCCAGAGGUUCUCUAAACUCCUGCUCAGAUUGGCCCCCCUCAAGGCCAUCAGUCUCGAGGUCAUGCAGCACAUGGAGGUGCAGAGGGCGCUCGGGAACACCAAAAUGGACAAUUUGUUUGGAGAACUUUUAGAUUUUGAGUGAACACUAUUACGGUUGUUUCUAAAACACUGUUGUUGUUGGUUUUUUGUUUCUGUAUUAUAUUGUGAGUUAAUAAUUAUUAUAGCAGUCAUGUGUUGAUAGGCCUAGAGCUUAUAGUAUCAUCCCUCUUUUUUGUAUACAUGGUCUCUUUCUGUGCACAUGCUUCUGUACUGUAGUCACACAUAAUUAUGCUUAAUGUUUGUAAUGCUGUGCUUCUAAAUUACCUUAUGUGAAUUACAAA